AUGGUGGCUGCCCUUCCUGGCCACAAAACAUACAUGCAGGUAGAAUCCAGUUUUAUCUGUCACUAUGGAUUUAUCUCGUUGUUCCCCCUGGGUCUGGAAAGCACAGAUGUGAUUUUGGAGUCCUGGAGCAAGCUGGCUUCUGCAGAGAUCAUCUCCGUGUUCGUUAAGGUGUUAGGACAAGCCAUGACUGGCAGCUCCUGGAAGCUGGGGCCCAGCUCCUGUUUCCAACUGGGGAAGAGGUGGGCUCAGGGAGCCAAUGGCACACUGGAAAACCCAGCCCUGGACACAAAUCUGCUGGAAGAGUUCUUGGGCAAUGACUUUGAUUUGGGAUCCUUGCCACGGCAGCUCCCAGACACCCCACCCUAUUCUGCAUCAGACCCAUGCUCUCCUCCACAGGUCAAAGGUGCAUGCUGCGGGACCCUGAGGCCUAUGGCAGGAAGGGUCCCCGCUACGUUUCUCCACUCUGCCCCUGGCCCUGGCCCUACCCCGACGAUGCUGCCUGCGCAGCCACCUCUGUCUGCAGUGAGCCACUCAGGCCAAACCCACCGCAGCUUUCAGAACGGUCACCCCCACAUCGGCCAUCCCUCCACCCCGCUGAGCCAAACCGAGCCCUCCUGUCCGGGAAUGAGUUGCUCUUACCGUCAGCAGCCUUUGUGCCACGCUCCUGGAACCUUGUUGCCCCCCACCAAGAAGAGAAAGCACAUGCAGAUGUUGGAGGACUCCGAGGACGGCCGAGGGUGGGCUCUCCACUCCAGACCAAUGACGAGUAGGAAUCAUUACAGUGAAGUGCAGGACCAAGAGGACGAGGGGUCUAAUGGAAUGCCUGUGGACCAGUGCUCUCCUGUUCUAAAGUGGCAGCCAUACCAAAGUGUCCCUUGGCAUAGCUUAUUAAACAGUCAUUAUGAAAAACUACCUGAUGUGGGCUAUCGAGUUGUCACAGACAAAGGAUUUAAUUUCUCACCAGUAGAUGAAGCUUUUGUCUGCCAAAAGAAGAACCAUUUUCAGAUAACCAUCCACAUCCAAGUUUGGGGAAGUCCAAAAUUUGUUAAAACCCAAAUGGGUCUAAAGCCAAUAGAAACGUUUUACUUGAAGGCUUUUGGAAUUAAGGUAGAAGCCACCAAUCAAAUAAUUGCUAUUGAACAGUCCCAAGCAGACAGAAGCAAAAAAUUUUUUAAUCCUGUUAAAAUUGACCUUCUGGCUGACCAGGUUACCAGGGUAACGCUGGGAAGAUUACACUUCAGCGAAACCACAGCAAACAAUAUGAGAAAAAAGGGGAAGCCCAAUCCUGACCAGAGAUACUUCAUGUUGGUGGUUGGACUGUAUGCUGCUAACCAAGACCAGUUCUAUCUGUUGGCUGCCCACAUCUCUGAAAGGAUCAUUGUAAGGGCCUCCAACCCUGGGCAGUUUGAAAAUGACAGUGAUGCAUUGUGGCAGCGAGGACAAGUUCCAGAAUCUGUCGUCUGUCAUGGUCGAGUAGGAAUCAACACAGAUGCACCCGACGAAGCCCUGGUUGUCUGUGGCAACAUGAAAGUAAUGGGGACCAUCAUGCAUCCCUCUGACAGGCGGGUGAAGCAGCGUAUCCAGGAGGUUGACACAAAUGAACAGCUGAGAAGAAUAGCCCAGAUGAGGAUUGUUGAGUAUGACUACAAGCCAGAAUUUGCAUCUGUGAUGGGAAUAAACACUGCCCAUCAAACAGGGAUGAUUGCCCAGGAGGUGCAGGAGAUUCUGCCGAGAGCUGUGAAAGAGGUUGGCGAUGUCACCUGUGAAAAUGGGGAGAAGCUGGAGAACUUCCUCAUGGUGGAUAAGGACCAGAUCUUCAUGGAAAAUGUAGGGGCUGUGAAGCAGCUCUGCAAACUAACCAACAACCUCGAGGAAAGAAUAGAAGAGCUAGAGAUAUGGAACCGAAGGCUGGCGAAGCUCAAGCGACUCAGCAGCUGGAAGUCCUCGGCCAGUGAAGCAAGCUCUGCCAGCAAAUUUAGCAGAGCUGUUAGUACAUCUUCUCCAAGAAAGGCCAUUUCCAAAAAAUCCAACAAGGUUUCUUUUUCAGGAAAAAAACAGUCGUGUCCUAACUGGGUUUUCCAGACACUGGUUAUAACUCUAAUUGCUGUGAUGGCAUUUUGUGCCUUGACCAUAGUCUCCCUUUACAUACUAAGUUUGAAGGAUCAAGACCAGCAUGCCUCAAAUCUCCCCCUAAGCAAUAUCACAAGCCCCCAGGAGCCCACUAUGCUGCCCACAGCCUUUCCUUCAGCACCUCACACAUCCCUGGCAACCACACAGACCUCCUUGCAAGUACCUGAAAUUACCUUCUGUGAAAUCUUGCCAUGUCAGGAGACUUAUUGCUGCCCCAUUUUGGGUAUGAGAAGAAUCUUUUCAAGUUCCAUGCAAAGAGGACCUGAAAAAGAGGAGGAAAUCUAUCAGAGGCAAAGAGCAGAAGACAAAAGCAAAUCACUUCUGGCCAGAGAUGUGCACGUUAGACCUGACUGGGGCAGUGACUGGAUUGAUACAACCAUCAGUUCUAUUCAGAUCAUGGAAAUCCAGCAAGUCAUAGAUCGUCGCUACUGCAGCAGAAUGCUCCAGUGCGGACCUGGACAUUAUAAUUACAAUAUUCCUGUUAAUAAGAACACACCUACCAAUGUCAAAUUCUCCCUGGAAAUCAACACAACAGAGCCAUUGAUAGUGUUUCAGUGCGAGUAUACCCUUGGCAAUAUAUGCUUCCACAGUAAAAGGGGAAACAAAGAGACCCAAAGCCACGGAGAAGUCUCCCAGGUGAUGACACAGGGAUAUCAGCACAUCUGGAACCUUCCUGUGGCCCCAUUCUCUGAUAGUGCAUACCAUUUCCGUGUGGCUGCACCAGAUUUAGCUGACUGUUCAACUGAUCCAUUUUUUGCUGGGAUCUUCUUCACAGACUACUUCUUUUAUUUCUAUCGGCGCUGUACCUAAUUUAUUUAAUUCCAGGACUGUAGUAAAGAAAAAUACUCAGAAGUACAGUUCAAAGAAACUGGUAGUUCCUCUUGCAACUUCUUUUACCAUUUCUGUAAAACAUACGCAUUUAUUGUUGAACUAGAUGCUAGGACUUAUUCAGGUUUGGUUUCCAACAGUGUUGAGACAUUAGUGAAGAGAAUAAAGUGUUUUCUAGAA